ACACUUGUGGAAUGGGCACGUCGAAAUUACAAUCACAGCCAUUUUCUGCCUAAAUCCAAGCAAGCGCGUUGAAUUUCAAGCGAACGACCCGCUCGACAGUAGGCAGAACAUUUUUCUAAAACGGCAGGUACGAGCAAAUUCGGGAGAUUGCUGUGCCUACUUGAUGUUUAAAUUGAAUUUAAUGGGAACGUGGGGUUUACAAGUUGUCAAAAUGUCUUGGGGAACGGCCACCGUGAUUAUUCCGCACGUUUUUGAGAAAAUUUUCGGCUUUCUCCGAAAGCCGGAAGAUCGAGUAGCGGCGGCCUCGACGUGCCGUCAGUGGGAAGCUGUCAUUUUUGACAGCUGUCACCUGUCGGCGGACAUUGCGCUGUCAGUGAUCUACGAGCGUGACGACGGCUGUCAGCGCAACGUCAAACCGCGCGAGAUCGAGCGUAGUAAAAGGAGGUAUCGAAACGUCAUCGUGGCGCCCACGGCCUGCUACGAUGGUCGCGAAUCGCACGUCAACUGGGAUGAAGCGAAGGAGGUUGUGGGGUUGCUGGAUCGGAGAGGUCCAAUCGAGUGGGCCAUGAUCGACGGGAGGUUCGACGAGCAGAUCAUCGCAACGCAUGCUUUGAUGGGAUUUGGACGAGUUUUGUGUCAUUUGGUGGAGCUGGAAGUGAAGUUGACGCUGGCUUCGUACUGGGAUCCUCAUUGGGAGAAAACGUUCCAGAGUUUGACGGGGUUGCGCAGCGUGAAGAUCACCGGAGGUCACGGAAGGGUACUGAGUUCGGUUCAGAAGCACUGCCGGGGGUUGGAGAGGUUAGUUCUGAAGAGGUUUGCUCUGACAAAGCCGUUUGAAAAGCUGUUCGACUUUCCCGAGUUGAAAGAACUGGUGAUCGACGAGCUGGACGUUUCUUCAACAAAUCUGGAAAUUCACUACGGCGUAUCGGAAGUGACCUUCCCGAAGCUUGAACACCUAACCUUUCUGAUCAACGUCAAAGCCUCAUUCCACCAUCUGAACUUGGUCCCGGUAAGGUUCGUAACUCCAGCUCUGCAAUCCGCAAGAGUGUCCGACCUCCUGCACAGCUUCGUCCGCAUCGAAGCCGGUCCACAACUCCACCAUCUAACCCUCAACAUGGCAGCGUUCGCUCCAAUCAACUACGUGAGGCCAAGCCUCUUCCCGAACGAUCUGACCUCCGUCAGUACGAUCACCAUCGAAGCCGAACACCUCGCUCCCUUCGUCGGAAUGGCCCUGGUCUGGACGCAACGAUUCUGUCCAAACGUCACCCAUCUAAUCCUCGAUCAAAAACUGGACCCGCUGAUUCUCGACCAGAUCACCGAGUACGUCUCCACCGAACUGCCCAAAAUUCGCAAGGUCACCAACAACUCCAACAAGUUUCGACCGCGCCGCUUUUCGCUGAAAUUCAAAGUCAACAAUGCGCUCGAAGACGACCAAAUCUUAACGCCAGAUCAUCUGCUGUAUUACUAACUUUACGACGAAACAAUAAACCGAUGGUGAACUCCCCAAGUGCUCGAAUUACUUAUAAUUUUAUGACCAAGCCAAACAAAGCCGGGUCGCCAUUUUGAAAGUCCGCAAUUUUUACGGGCGCGGAUUUUCAAUCAGUAGGCGGUGGGCGCGCCGAGCCUCCUCUCACCAAAGGAGCCAUAAAUUUUGAAAACCACAUCAAACUUGAAGGAGCUCGGAGCCGUGACGCCGCAGUAGGCCAUUAAAAGU